AUGACUUUAUAUUCAAUUAUUUUGAAAUGUAGCAUUUGGCCUCGAAAAUUUGCUUUAGAAUAUAAAAAUGGCAAUAAUUUAGAAGAUUAUGAAGCAAGUAUUGUAUUGCAGCUCUUGAUAAUUUUAGCAAUGGUAAUAAACUUUCCUCUAUUGUAUUUUUAUACACAAUUUUCAAAUGAAAUUAGGCAUUCUGAAAGCAAAAAGACUAUAAGAGCAAAAGCUCAUUCAAAAAUUGACAGCUACAUAGCAGCUUUUGCUUAUCUUUUACCAAUCCUUUAUGCUCUAUUUAAUGAAAAUUAUAUGGUUCAUUUUCAAUUUUUUGUGAUGAUUAUUUCAUUAUAUAUAGUGAUAGAGUCCGAAACACUUUUGCCUUAUUUUUCCCUUUAUUGCAAUUUAAUACAAAUUCUAAGAUUUUUUACAGUUGUUUUAACUUCAUUUGGAUUUAUUUUAGGAAAUUUAAUGGACAAUUCAUUGGUUAUUAGUUUUUUGAUUGUUAUUUUGUGACCAAUAUCUGCUUAUUUUGUAAUACUGUUUACUGUCAAACUUCAAACUCAAAUAGACGGAAUGGCUUCAAAAGAUAUGAAAGAUAUAAAAUCUAAAUAUGAACUUGAAAAAAGACUAACCCACUAAUUAGCGUGCCUGAAAAAAUAUUUAAUGGUGUCUUUUUAGAGUAAACUAGUAAUUUAUUAUUAAAAUUAAUAAUUUUUUAAAAUUUUUUGGUUUUUUUUAUAAAAACGAGCUGGGUAAGACACUGGAUGUGCUUAAUUGAUACCAACCAUAAGAAUGAGAUAAUCCAUAUUUUUGAAAAAUUUUUUAUUAAAAAUAAUUCCAAAAGAGAUAAGCUCCAAAUUAUUUGAAUUGCAAAUUACUGCUUAUUUAAACUUAAAGACGAGUCUUUACUCCCCCCCCUCCGUGAAUGAAUAAAAAAUUUUGUUAACUCACGGAGGGGGGUUAAUUUUUUUUUCUCAAAACAAUUUAUAUAUAAAUUUUAUAAAAAAUAUUUUGUUCGAAAUUUAAAAAAAUCCGAAUUCGCAAAAAUUGGAAAGCAAAUAUUAAUUUAAUUUAUAAAAUUUAUGUUUCAAAAAGCAAUUCGUUCAAAAUUAAAUAGAAUUAGAUUUCAUUACAAUAAUUAUCAUUUAUAUAUCAAAAUUUUUUUUCCAUAAAAAAUUUUUCUAUAUUAAAAACAUUUUUGUUCACUCACGGAGGGUGGGUUUUUGGGCAAAAAAUAGUGAUUUUUCUAAUGGUUUUGUUCACUCACGGAGGGGGGGGAGUUAGCAAAAGUCAAAUUAAGCAAAACAAAAUUAAUAUCAAGUUGAAACUUAGAAGCCAAUUUUCAAGAAUAUCUAUGCAAUAAAAAUGCUAACGAAAUUUCAUCAAAUGAAAGCUUACAAUUUAUUAACUAUUUCCAACAAUUAAAUUUGAUUAAAAAGAGAGACUCAAAAUUGUGUGCAUAUUUAUUAGAAUUUUGGGAAGAAAUAACUUCACCUAAGCCCGAUCUUAAAAGACUGGCAAAUAGAUUGAAAUAUAUUGAUAAAAAUAUUUCAUAUCUUAAUAGUCAAUAUAGACAGCUAAUAGCUGAUUUCUCUGAUUCUCAAGAAGGCUUAACACUCUUUACUUCAUAUGCUAAGGAUGUUAUUUAUGAUUAUGUCAAAUCAAAUUUUUUAGAAAUUAAAUUAAAGGGAUUUGACAAUUUAAAUACCACAAAUACUGAUUUAAAAAAAUUUAACUAUUUGAAUGACUCUCAUGGCAUUUUGAUAAUAUCCGCUGAGCCAGAUAAUUAUGGUCGAAUUUUAUUUUCAAACCCAAGAGCAGCUGAAAUUAUGAAAACUUCUUCUAUUGGCAACUUAGAAGAAAGCAAUAUAAUGGAAUUUAUCCACUAUUAUUACUGAGAAGGCAUAAAAAAAGAAGUCCAAUGGCUUAUUCAUUAUGGCUCAAAUUCUGAAAUUGAUUUAGGCCAAAGCUUCUUUUUGGGUAUUCCUGGAAAAGAUUUGAUAGAAUAUACAGGAAAAGCGAUUAUUACUUCAAUUGAUAAUAACCUUGUUGUUAUAUUAAACUUCGAGCUAAAACAAGUUAAAUACCAAACAGCGCUUUUAGCAGAAACUGGGGAGAUAUUAUGCUAUUCAGAGCAUUUUUCUGAAUUCGCUAGAGAAUCCAAUGAAAAUUUGAUAGGCUGAAAUAUUAAAGAUUUAUUUUCUGAAGCAGAAGUGCAGAAUCCAACACCAAUUUUUCACAUAGAAAAUAAAGAUAUAAUUUUAGUCAUGUCUUAUACACAUAUUUGUAAAUUAAAGGUCUUUUAUAUUAUGCUCAUAAGUGAUAAUGAAGAAAUCCAAAGAAGAAAAAAUAAAUAUGAAAAUGAGCAACGUGAAACAAUAAAUAAAAAUAUUUUAAAUCAGAGCGAAAACAAUGAGAAGUCUUAUCAGAAUUGAGAAACCUUAGACGAAAAUAAUAUAAAUUCAGAAGCAGAACUAGUCCAACCGAGUUCAUAUGAGCCUUCUUCAGAAACCCUUGAAAAAAGCUCUUCAAGCAAAUCGUCAAGUGCAAAAUCUAUAAUUCCAAGCCAAAAAAAAAUUUUUCGAGUUCUAGCCGCUUCUUCUCGAUCAAUAAAUAUUUUGCAUAUUUUUUUCAUUUUAUCAGUAAUCCCUAUAUAGAUUUUAGCUGUUUUGAGCACAAAUGUGGUUGUUCUCUUUUAUGCUUUUUCAUAUAUCAAUUUUAUAAAAAAUAUGGACUUCCCUAUGGCUAUAGCUCAAGCGGAAUCAAGACUGCAGAUUGCUGCUUAUAAUUCGCAAUUACUCUGAGAAUUGGUAUUUUUAAAUGAUACCAAUUGAUAUCAAGAUUUAUUAAUUGCGUGGCAGGGGAUGCCAGAGUAUAUAAAUGACAUAAGAGACAUUUAUAUGGAUAUUGCUACUAAUUUACCAAAAUGGAAUUAUUGUUCAAGUAAGUCAAUUUUGACUGAUAAGCGUAUUGUUGUAUGAGAAUCUGACAGCAUGAAAAAAAUAAGUCUAUUGGAGAUGCUUUAUAAAUCUGCUCAGUUUGUAAUAGUUAUAUAGGGAUACAGCAUAAUAAGCAAGUAUAAUGAAUCUGAAGAUUUUUCAAGCGAGGUUAAAUUUUUGAAAAUGACUGGAUAUGGCUAUGGGUAUCAAUACAUUAACAGCUCGUUAUAUGAAGUAAUGGAUUGCCAAAAAUCACUAAUGCUUGAAUUUAAAUCAGAAAUGUUUAUUCUACUUAUAUUGGGGAUAGGAGUUCUUGGGCUAUGUUUUUUUGUGAUGAUUCCAUUUUGUUAUUCUGUUAUUAAAAUUGAAAACGAUCUUUGGAAUAAUUUAAGGAGAAAAACAUUCAGGAACUACUCAGAAAUGAAGCAGGCACUUUUAGAAAGGCUAAUUUUACCCUUUAAAUGCAAAAAAUUUGUUUUAAUUUUAAAGGGGUAAUUUUUUUCGGAAAAAAUUUAUAUAAAAAUUGAAUUCAUUGUAUUUGAAUUUUUAUUUAUUGCUAUUAAGACUUAAUACCGAAUUUAAAUUGAUUAAGUGCGCUACUGUGUAAACAGCAUUUUUAUUUGCAUUAUUUAUAUUAAAUUAGGUCAAAGCUAUGUACUUUCACCAAUAAAAUUUGCAAUUUAAAUUAAAAAAAUAUUAUUCUAGUUUAAAGGAAGGCGGAGUAAAAAGUGUUCACUCUCAGCCUGAAAUUUUAUUUACUCCCCCCUCUGUGAGUGAACAAAACCAUUAGAAAAAUCACUAUUUUUUGCCCAAAAACCCCACCCUCCGUGAGUGAACAAAAAUUUUUUUAAUAGAAAAAUUUUUUAUGGAAAAAAAUUUUGAUAUAUAAAUGAUAAUUAGUAUAAUGAAAUCUGGAGCUAAUUCUAUUUAAUUUUGAACGAAUUGCUUUUUGAAACAUAAAUUUUAUAAAUUAAAUUAAUAUUUGCUUUCCAAUUUUUGCGAAUUAGGAUUUUUUUUUAAAUUUCGAAAAAAAAUAUUUUUUUUAUAAAAUUUAUAUAUAAAUUUUUUUAAAAAAAAAAAUUAACCCCCCUCCGUGAGUGAGCAAAAUUUUUUUGUUCACUCACGGAGGGGGGGGGGAGUUAGCAAUAGAAUCCCAAAUAAGACAUUAUUUAACUUCAAAAACUAUUGAAAAUAUAUAUGAAGAAUUUGGGUAUAUUUUUUAAUUGUUAAGCGUUGACAUUAAUUAUUUAUAGAGAAGUUCACACGAAUUCCAUUCCACCAAUUUUUCGUCUGUCCUGUGUUGAUCCUUUAGCACAAGGACUUGCACCAGUUUCCUUAAGUUCAGAUAUGCUGAAUCACUUAAGCUCACAUUUAAGAAUAUGCCUUCUAGAAAAUUCAAAAAUUCUGGUCACUUGUCAAAGCUGAAGCCUAAGAUGCAACUCCUGAUACUGCGCUAAAAAGCUGCUUGAUUGGCUUAGUGGAUAUCAUGGGAAGAGGUGAUUUUCCUUUUACUAUAAAUUCCGCUUCCCUUGAGGAAAAAAAGCAAUCUGGCAAUCCCCACUGAACCAUCGAGUUAGUAACAACCUGGCAAAAUACACAUAUUCAGGCAUCUUUAUGCCUUCUAUAAAGUCCCCAGCCUAAUUCAGGGCAUUGGUAUCUGAUGCUAGAACUAUGUAUUGACUCAUAGUACCAUUUUAUUGCAUUUUAAUUGUUAUCGCAUUUUCUGUAAUAAAUAUUACUUACCUGUAUGAAGAUUGCACAAAUUACUUAGCCUAUAGACCUGAUAUCCUUCGAGAAAUCAUUCAAACCAAAAUUUACAUAAAUACUCUUGCUAUCUCAGCAUCAGAUUUGCAAGACACAGUAACCGGUGUUCCCUUAAAUAGUUUUUUUACCAUCCAUAAUUAUCCAUAUAUUGCCACUCUUUUCCAAAACUCGAUAUCAUCCCUCAGAGCUUCAAAACUAGUAUAGCGCGUACCCCUUUAUAGAUCUUUAAGGACAAUGGCUAUCUAUUAAAAGAAAAAAAAUUGAUUUAAAGAUUCUAAAAAAAAUUAAAUUAAAUUUAAAAAUUUUAUCUUAUAUCUUCUAUUUGCCAGUUUUGAAUUUGAUCUUUCAGAAUAUUUUAAAAUAUCAAAAUUAAUUUUUCUUUAAGGGUAUUUUUCCUCAGAAUCAAUAAGGAGUCAGGUGCUAUAUUAAGAAAUCCUAAAUUCUCACCCAUUUUAUCAAGCGAUUUUAAAAAAAUGUAUUAUGAAGAUGAUAGUCAGCCAUAUACACACUAUUUAGAUUACGGCACUUAUGUAGCUGAAGAAGAGCAGAUAGAUUAUGGUUAUAUCAUUGCAAAUUUAAAUGUCACUAAUAAUGCAUGAAGAUGAUGAUAUUACAAUAUGACACUUUUUAGGGCAAAUUAUGAUAAAUAUGUCGAUAUAAUUGAUAGCUAUUCUCAGAAGGUGAUCGAGGAUCAAGUAAGCAUUAUUGUUACAGCAUUUUCUAUUUUUGUUGCAAUUUCGAUUGUGGUAUAUUUUUUGCUUUAUUUUGUGUUUUUUAAGAAUGAGAAGAAAUAUUUACAGAAGAUCAAUUCGAUGAUGAAUAUUAUGCCAGUAUAA